AUCAGGUCAUGAGCAAUCCCAUAAUUCCAUACGCGUAAGAGGAAGACCGAAAAAAUGACGUUGGACGUAGAUGUGUGGAUUGAAAUCGCCAAACAGUGCAAAUAUCUGCCCGAAAAUGACCUAAAGAAACUGUGUGACUAUGUGUGUGAGUUGCUGUUGGAGGAGUCUAAUGUCCAGCCAGUAUCCACACCAGUCACAGUAUGUGGGGACAUACAUGGACAGUUCUAUGACCUGGGUGAGUUGUUCCGUACAGGAGGACAGAUCCCGGACACAAACUACAUCUUCAUGGGUGAUUUUGUGGACAGAGGUUACUACAGUCUGGAGACCUUCACAUGGCUGCUGACCCUCAAGGCAAAAUGGCCUGACCGAAUCACUCUGCUGAGGGGAAACCAUGAGAGCAGACAGAUCACACAAGUCUACGGGUUCUACGAUGAGUGCCAGACUAAGUAUGGUAAUGCCAAUGCCUGGAGGUACUGUACCAAGGUGUUUGACCUGCUCACAGUGGCAGCAAUCAUAGAUGAGUGUGUGCUGUGUGUCCACGGUGGCCUGUCUCCUGAUGUGAAGACUCUGGACCAGGUCAGAACCAUCGAGAGAAACCAGGAGAUUCCACACAAGGGCGCCUUCUGUGAUCUUGUCUGGUCAGACCCAGAAGACGUGGACACGUGGGCCGUCAGUCCCCGCGGCGCAGGGUGGCUGUUUGGGGCAAAGGUCACCCAAGAGUUUGUUCACAUAAACAACCUGAAGCUGAUCUGCCGAGCCCACCAGCUGGUGCACGAGGGUUACAAGUACAUGUUUGACGACAAGCUCAUCACGGUCUGGUCCGCCCCCAACUACUGCUACCGCUGCGGAAACAUCGCCUCCAUCCUCGUCUGUAACAGCGUCGACAACCGAGAACCCAAACUGUUCCGCGCUGUCCCAGACUCUGAGAGGGUUAUACCUGCCCGGACAACCACUCCAUACUUCUUGUAGACCUGUCUAGUGACUUUUGAAGUGAAUAUUUUUCUCGUCUGAGGAGAUUUUGUAUGACAGUACAGUCACUGCAGACUUCUUGUUAGAAUGGCUAGCCUCACAUCCUUAGACAAUUACAAAAGGUGCUACAUUGUAUAAUUGUGUAUUCUGGACUGUAUGGGUGUACAGUGUGCAUCUUUACCAACUGAAUGAGAUUGUUUCCUGAAGAUGUCUUUCAAAUCAAUGGCUUCGUGUUAGUCUGGAGUAUCUGGCUUGAAAAAAGAAAAGUGUCAUUCAACAAGUCGCACUCUCAUUGUAACUGCUGUGUGUUU